AUGGCUGUCCCUGUGUCUAGGAAAAAACAAAGGCUGUCCAAAAAGAUACACGAGGCUGAUGAAAGUAGUCUCUUUUGCCGUUUCUUUGAAAAAUUUCUGUUCAGAGUGCCCUUAGCUCUGCUUUUCUUAGCUUUUGUGUAUGUAUGGUCUUCGUCUACGACUGUUUUCUCGGGCAGCAUUGUUCAUGUGUGCGUGUCGUCUAGAAAGCUCAGCAAUUUGUACUGCUUGUCGGCCGGUACUCAACGACCCAAUUUCGAAAUCCCAGUUUCAUUAGCUAAUCACACUUCUUCGAAAGUUAAUGAUGAAGACUCGGACGAUGUUGCUGAUUCAAGAGCCGACCGUGGAGCAAAAGAAGAUACUCCCUCAGACAGCACAAGCGUAAUUAACAUCGAACAAAAAUUCGGCAACCAAACAUUAGAAGACGCUUACAAAGAAGUCGAGGACCAGAUAAAAACACACCGGUCGUGGAUCUCAAAUUCCUCGGACCACACCACGUGCGAAGAAAAAGGGAUUUACGUAUACAAACUUCCCUCAAAGUUCAACAAAGACUUGCUUGCCCAAUGCGAGGAAAUGAUCCCAUGGGCCGACUUUUGCCGGUUCUUAACCAACAAUGCAUUAGGGGAGCCAAUCGAAAGCCUCGGCUCGGGAUGGCACCACACGCACCAAUACUCGUUGGAACCCAUUUUCCAUGCUCGGAUUUUAAAGCAUCCGUGCAGAGUAUACGACCACAACAUGGCCAAGCUAUUCUACGUCCCGUACUACGGCGGGCUCGACAUCCUGAGGUGGCAUUUCAAGAACGUCUCGAACGAUGUGAAGGACUCGUUGGCGCUUGAACUCGUGAGGUGGCUCGAGACACAAGGCCCGUGGUACAACAACCUAGGCAAAGAUCACGUUUUUGUUUUGGGCAAGGUUUCGUGGGAUUUUAGAAGGAGUGGGGGGUCUUCUUGGGGCACUAGGCUUUUGGAGCUCGACGAGAUGAAAAAUCCGCCGCCUGGGGACAGCCCGACCCGGAAGUCGGUUUUCGACUCGCUCGUGUCGGGGUGCAUUCCGGUGCUUUUCGACCCGUUCACGGCUUACUAUCAGUACCCGUGGCAUUUCCCGGAGGACCGGGACAAGUACUCGGUUUUCGUGGAUAAGGAUGAGGUGAGGAACAGGACAGUGAAUGUUGUUGAGCGGCUGAUGAAGAUUCCCUUGAGGGAGAGGGAGAAUAUGAGGAGGUACAUUGUGUUUGAGCUGUUGCCUGGGCUUGUUUAUGACAUGACGAAACAGCCCGGCCCGCCUGUUCCUGGCCCGGCUCCAUCGGGCAGGUUGGCGGCCCCACCUGUAUCGUAG